CUUGCUCUAGUUUCUAGUUGACCUCACCUUCUCCUUUCUUCCUCGUCUCUUUUAUCCCAUCACCCGCUCCCCCCGGAAUUAUGCAUCUCCCUCCAUUUUUAUAAUCCCUCUCCAUUCGUUUUUUUGCACUCUAAACCAUUUUUUUUAGUGGCAAAAACUGUUCAUGGGUUUAUUUCUGUCCCUCGGUCCUUUUCUCCUCCCACCAAACCCUCCAUUAAGCUUUGUUGCUUCCAAACCUCCCCUUCUCUUCAACCCAGUAUUCUACAAAAUUCUAUCUUGCCUCCUACUUCGCUAGUUGGCUCUUCAGAUCCUAGCUGUUCAACUUGGUGUUGCUUUUAUCCAAAACCUUGGCUACAUGUCGAGGUACGAAAGCAGAAGGCUGUCUGAUGAUUACGAAGUUGCUGAUAUCCUUGGUAGAGGAGGCUUCUCCAUUGUGAGAAGGGGAGUCAGGAAGUCCGGUGAUGAAAAGAAUGUUGUUGCUAUCAAGACACUCAGAAGAUUAGGAUUCAUGCCCCCGGGGAUGCAGCGGAACCAAGGCGAACAGAAGGGUCUGGCCUCUUUGGGUUUGCCUGCCUGGAAGCAGGUAUCGAUAUCGGAUGCAUUACUUACCAAUGAAAUUCUGGUCAUGAAGAAGAUAGUGGAGAAAGUUUCUCCUCACCCCAAUGUGAUAAACCUUUAUGAUGUCUAUGAAGAUGCAAAUGGAGUUCACCUUGUGUUGGAGCUUUGUUCUGGUGGGGAACUUUUUGACAGGAUUGUUUCUCAUGAUCGUUAUUCAGAGUUUGAAGCAGCCGUUGUUGUUCAGCAGAUAGCUGAAGGGUUGAGUGCACUUCAUAAAGCCAACAUUAUUCAUCGUGACUUAAAGCCGGAGAAUUGCCUUUUCUUAGACAGCAGUCGGAAUUCUGGUCUAAAAAUAAUGGACUUUGGCUUGAGUUCUGUAGAGGAUUUUACUGAUCCAAUUGUCGCGCUGUUUGGGUCGAUAGAUUAUGUAUCCCCUGAAGCUCUGUCUCGGCAUCAAGUUACUGCAGCAAGUGAUAUGUGGUCUCUUGGGGUGAUUCUGUAUAUCCUUCUUUCUGGGUGCCCACCAUUCCAUGCACCGACAAAUCGAGAAAAGCAACAGCGUAUACUGGCUGGUGACUUUAAUUUUGAGGAUCAGACAUGGAAGACCAUAUCUUCAUCAGCAAAGGAUUUGAUUUCCCGUCUUCUGGCUGUUGAACCAUAUAAAAGACCAACUGCUGGUGAACUUUUGAGGCAUCCUUGGGUGAUAGGAGACUCUGCCAAACAAGACCUCAUGGAUGCAGAGGUUGUUUCUAAACUGCAAAGUUUCAAUGCCCGGCGGAAAUUACGUGCAGCUGCCAUAGCCAGUGUAUUGAGCAGCAAGGUUAUGUUGAGAACAAAGAAACUGAAAAGUCUACUAGGAACCCAUGAUCUCACCCCAGAGGAACUUGAAAAUUUACGUGCGCACUUUAGAAGGAUAUGUGCAAAUGGAGAGAAUGCCACCUUGGCUGAGUUUGAGGAAGUGCUGAGAGCAAUGAAAAUGGAUUCACUGAUCCCUUUAGCUCCACGUGUAUUUGAUCUAUUUGACAACAAUCGUGAUGGAACUGUGGACAUGAGAGAGCUCCUAUGUGGGCUAUCUAAUCUCAAGAAUUCACGAGGAGAUGAUGCUCUCCAGCUCUGUUUUCAGAUGUACGACACCGACAGAUCUGGAUGCAUCAGUAAGGAAGAGUUAGCAUCCAUGCUUCGAGCCUUGCCCGAGGAUUGCCUUCCAGCUGAUAUAGCAGAACCUGGGAAACUGGAUGAGAUCUUUGAUCAGAUGGAUGUCAACAAUGAUGGGAAGGUCACAUUUGAUGAAUUUAAGGCUGCCAUGCAGAGAGAUAGCUCUUUGCAGGAUGUAGUCUUAUCUUCAUUGAGACCACUCUAGUUCUCUUCUUUUCAGUCCUCAUCCCUCAGUUUCAAAUAUAUGAGGUAUAGAUGAACAGCAAUUAACCUUUACUUCAUGGGCCAUCUUGUAUCCAUUUUAAUUGAGAGGUAUAGAUGAACAUAGGGAGCGUCUAAUAAUUGCCUUUCUUCUGGAAUCGUCGGGUAAUCUGAAAGCAUCAAAGAACAGCAUGGGUGACCUUGCUGUCGGAUAGGUAUCUGUUUGUCAUUGUCAAGGAUUUUUUGUUACUUCAAUGAUGAUGUUGUUUCUGUAUUUGCUGCAUGUUUGGUUAUAGAGAAUGGCAAUUGAUGGUCAGGU